UACACGAUAGAAUCAUAACGAUGCUGUCCUUCCUGUCAACCUGUCGUCGACCAGCGAGCUAGCUGCUGCUGCGCUAGUUCACCUCGCCGCGAUGGCGCCCAACAACCGGCUCCUCCUCCGCCUCCGCCUCGCCGUGGGUCUUCUUCUUCUGCUGCUGCUGCUGCUGCUUCUCCCCGCGGCUUCCCGCGCCAGGGACACCAUCGCGCCGGGCCAGCCGCUCCGGGGCAACGACACGCUCGUCUCGUCGGGCACCGGCAGCUUCGCGCUCGGCUUCUUCUCCCCGCCGGGCUCCAACAACACCUACGUCGGGGUCUGGUACGCCAAGCUGCCCGUCCGCACCGUCGUCUGGGUCGCCAACCGCGCCGACCCGGUCCGCGGCGCGGUGGGCCGCAGCGCCGCCGGCGCCACGCUCUCCGUGUCGUCCACCGGCUGCGCGCUCGCCGUCGCGGACGCCAACGGCACCGUGGUGUGGUCGGCGUCCCUGCCGGCCGGCGCGGCGGAGGGCACGUGCGAGGCGCGGAUCCAGGACGACGGCAACCUGGUGGUGUCGGACCAGCGCGGGCGCGUGGCGUGGCAGGGGUUCGACCACCCCACCGACACGCUCCUCCCGGGGAUGCGGCUCGGGGUGGACUUCGCGGCGGGGAAGAACAUGACGCUGACGGCGUGGGCGAGCCCCUCCGACCCGUCGCCGAGCCCCGUCGUGGCGGCGAUGGACACGUCGGGCGACCCGGAGGUGUUCAUCUGGAACGGGCCCACCAAGGUGUGGCGGUCGGGCCCCUGGGACGGCGUGCAGUUCACGGGCGUGCCGGACACCGUCACCUACAAGUCCCUGGGCUUCAGCUUCCGCUUCGUCAACGACGGCCAGGAGGCCACCUACAGCUUCCACGUCCGGGACGCGAGCAUCGUGUCGCGGCUGGCGCUCAACAGCACUGCCGCCGGCGGCGGGCUGCUGCAGCGGUGGACGUGGCUGGAGGCCGCCCGCGCGUGGAACCUCUACUGGUACGCGCCCAAGGACCAGUGCGACGCCGUGUCGCCGUGCGGGCCCAACGGGGUGUGCGACCCCAACGCGGUGCCGCCCUGCUCCUGCCUCCGCGGGUUCGCGCCGCGGUCGCCGGCGACGUGGGCGCUCCGGGACGGGCGGGACGGCUGCGCCCGGGCCACGCCGCUGGACUGCGCCAACCGCACCGACGGCUUCGCGGUGCUCCCGCACGCCAAGGUGCCCGACACGACGCUGGCGACGGUGGACUUCAACGCCAGCCUGGAGCAGUGCCGGCAGCGGUGCCUGAGGAACUGCUCCUGCACGGCGUACGCCAGCGCCAACCUCACCGGCGAGCCCGGCCGCCGCGGCUGCGUCACGUGGACCGGCGGGCUCGACGACCUCCGCGUGUACCCGGGCUUCGGACAGGACCUCUAUUUCCGGCUCGCCGCCGCCGACCUCGCUUCAGUAAGCAAGUCAAAGAAGAAGGUCAAUAUUGUGGUUGCAAUUGUUGUCAGCAUUACUGCACUGGCAAUUCUUCUAGCAAUCGCAGGUUUCAUCUGGAAAGCAAAGAAGACCAAACCAAGAAAACCAGGAGCAGGAACAUGGACAGCUGUUUCGCACAGUAUGGAGGGGAGUGAAGGAAAGAAUCAUGGGGAUGAUCUGGAGCUGCCACUGUAUGAUUACGAGACAAUAGCAAAAGCCACAGAGGGUUUCUCAACUGAGAACAAGCUCGGUGAAGGAGGCUUUGGGCCUGUGUACAAGGGUAAGCUUGAGGAUGGACAAGAAAUAGCUGUUAAAACACUUUCAAGAACAUCAACACAGGGUCUUGAGGAAUUCAAGAAUGAGGUUUUGUUGAUAGCUAAACUCCAGCAUCGGAAUCUUGUUCGAUUGAUUGGGUGCAGCAUUUCUGGACCAGAAAAGAUACUUAUAUAUGAAUUCAUGGAAAACAAAAGCUUGGACUACUUUCUAUUUGACGCAGCCAAGAGCAAGCUACUUGACUGGCAAACACGAUACCGUAUAAUUGAGGGAAUCGCCCGAGGUUUACUGUAUCUUCACCAGGACUCGAGAUAUAGAAUCAUCCACAGAGACCUGAAGACAAGCAAUAUUCUUCUGGAUAAGGAGAUGACUCCUAAAAUUUCAGACUUCGGCAUGGCUAGAAUGUUUGGCAGUGACGACACAGAAAUCAAUACUCUCAGAGUAGUUGGCACAUACGGUUAUAUGGCCCCAGAGUAUGCAAUGGAUGGAGUGUUCUCGGUGAAAUCAGAUGUAUUUAGCUUCGGUGUUAUAAUGCUGGAAAUCAUUGCUGGUAAAAGGAACCGAGGUGUCUACAGCUACUCUGGCCACCUCAACCUUCUAGCACAUGCCUGGAGCUUACUGAAUGAGGGGAAGGGCCUAGAUUUAGUCGACGAAAAUCUGAAUGGCUCCUUCGACUCAGAUGAAGUGCUUAAAUGCCUCAAAGUAGGGCUUCUGUGCGUGCAAGAGAACCCCGACGACCGUCCCCUGAUGUCCCAGGUGCUGACGAUGUUGGCCAGCACUGACACUGCCUCGUUGCCAACUCCGAAGCAGCCAGGCUUUGCUGCAAGGACAGCUGCUGCUGCCGAAGACACGUCGUGGAGCAAGCGCGACUGCAGCAUUGUGGAUAGCAUGACCAUCACCAUGGUUGAGGGUCGGUAGAAGGCUGUGUCCCCUACUUAUCAUGGCACGAGAUGUAUAUCGUAGAGUACUAGAGUGGCGUUUAUUGGCUCCUUUGUUAUCUUGUUUGGCGAAUGCAGAAAUGCAGGGGUGUUAUAGUUUUGUGGGUUGUGGUUGUUUACUUUUAGGAGUGAAUAGUGUGUAAAAGAUGUACAAUUCAUCCUAAUACUGCAAAAAACACAUCUAGAGAUUGCAGAGCAAAAUGCAUGGGCUGGCAGAUUGA